CUUUUGCAGAGAUGCUGUGAGAGAUGCAAGCGAAGAUGCAAGGCUGGCUUUCUCCCUCCCGCAGUCUCUAAAGGCAACAUUGGAAAAAGCAAGGAGAAAGGAGGAGGGCAUUGCAGGUUCUUAAAGUCUGCAGGGAGGAAGAAAAAGGGCUGCUCUUUUGCUGUCAAUCCAGCUUCUCCCGCCUCCUCCCAUCUCACUCCUGGCAUCCCAGCAAACGCCUGCAGGCUUCCGGCUCCCACUGUCUCCCAGCCAGGUGUAGAUGCUCAUGCAGCCACCAAGGGAGAGGCUAGUGGUUAGAGCUGAAGCUGGAUGGAUGGGUAUGGGGAAAGGGGCAAGAGCCAAAGCCCUGGGACUGAUCCAAACCUUCUUUGUGUCUCUCUGCGUCUUCUUCCCAACAGUGACAUCCGGGUGCAGAAUCAUGAAGUGCAAUUCUGAGUUCCUGGCAGCCACAUCAUCAGGGCCACACCACCUGGGUGCCGAGGACACCCCUGAGUUCUGCACCGCCCUCCGGGCCUACGCCCAUUGCACCCACCACACGGCCCGCACCUGCCGGGGGGACUUGUUCUACCACUCCGCCGUCCACGGCAUCGACGACCUCAUGGCCCAGCACAACUGCUCCAAGGAAGGGCCCACCUCCCCACCCCGGGUCCGACCCCUGCCCCGUGCCGAUAGCCAGGAGCGCUCUGACAGCCCUGAGAUCUGCCAUUAUGAGAGGAGCUUCCACAAGCACUCUCCACCUCCCAACUACACCCAUUGCGGGCUCUUCGGGGAUCCCCAUCUGAGGACUUUUUCGGACAGUUUCCAGACAUGUAAAAUCCCAGGGGCGUGGCCUCUCAUAGACAAUAGCUACCUAAACGUCCAGGUCACAAACACACCUGUCCGACCCGGUUCCAUGGCCACAGCCACCAGCAAGCUCACCAUCAUCUUCAAAAGCUUCCAGGAAUGUGUGGAACAGAAAGUCUACCAGGCGGAGAUGGAUGAACUCCCUGCUGCCUUCGCUGAUGGCUCAAAAAAUGGUGGUGACAAACACGGGGCCAACAGCUUGAAGAUUACUGAGAAAGUCUCUGGCCAGCACAUAGAGAUCCAGGCCAAGUACAUCGGCACCACCAUUGUGGUGAGGCAGGUGGGACGCUAUCUGACCUUCGCUGUGCGGAUGCCUGAGGAGGUGGUGGAAGCAGUAGAAGACGGAGACAACCAGGGCCUUUACCUCUGUCUCCGGGGCUGUCCGCUCAACCAGCAGAUAGACUUCCAGGCUUUCCAUUCCACCACCCAGAGCACGGAAAACUGGGCUCGGCGAAAAGGCCCCAGCCUUCCCUCUUCACCGGAGGCUUUCACCUAUGAGUCGGCCAUGAUUAAGUGCCGCGAGAAGCUCCCGGUGGAGGACUUGUACUUCCAGUCCUGCGUCUUUGACCUUCUGACGACAGGCGACGUCAACUUCACCCUUGCAGCUUACUAUGCUUUUGAAGAUGUCAAAAUGCUCCACUCCAGCAAGGACAAGUUGCAUUUGUAUGAAAGGACACAAGCGUUGGAGCCGGGCAACAUGGCCACUUCAGAACAUUUUACGUCUCCUCUUCUGUUGCUUUUUCUGGUGGUCUUGACAUGGUUGAGCCAGUGUCCAGCCCUGUCCCUAUAAACCCAACAUCACAGUAGACCUUUGAAGUCUGCAAAACCAAGGGACCAGCAGAUGAAAGUGUUGUGUUAGAUUAAGUCAGAGGCCGAGGCUUGCACACUGGAGUUUUGUUGCCCCCUUCUCUCCCUGCAGAAAACCCAACAUGUUGAAUGGCAUUUGGAACUUCAGGAGUACCGAUGUUCUCUCUUGACUGUUGAAUCUUCUCUACUAGAUUAGGAUCCCAAAGUAGCUCCCUUUCCCAGUUCCCUUCAUCCUGUUGCUCUCACUCCUAGCGCCUCCUUUCGUUGUGCUACGAGUGGUUUGUGGUGAUUGUGACAUUGGCAUUUGUGUAAAGUCAGAUAUUUUUGGAGGGCUAGCACCAGAGGAAAAAAAAUGGCUGGAGUGCAACUGAUGUCAAGAAAUACAGACAGACAUAAAGUAAGCAAAA